AUGACGCCGCAAGAUAGUCAGGUAGCUACGGAUGCAAGAAGCCAACGUAAGGUGGCUUUGAUUACUGGCAUUACAGGACAGGAUGGAAGUUAUCUGACUGAAUUUCUCCUGGAGAAAGGUUAUGAAGUACAUGGAGUCAUUCGACGUUCAAGUAGCUUCAAUACUGGCCGAAUUAACCAUCUCUAUGCAAAUCCUGCAUCACAUCAAGAAGGAGCAAUGAAAUUACACUAUGGUGACUUGAACGACAGUUCAUCAUUAGUUAAAAUUAUUGCUAGUGUCAAGCCAACUGAAAUCUAUAAUCUCGGUGCUAUGAGUCAUGUUAAAAUCUCAUUCGAUUUAAGUGAGUACACAGCUGAUGUGGAUGCUGUUGGUACUUUACGUAUCUUGGAUGCCAUUCGAACAUGUGGUCUUGAAAAAGAAGUUCGAUUUUAUCAAGCAUCGACAUCGGAGCUCUAUGGUAAAGUUCAAGAAAUUCCUCAGAGUGAAACAACACCCUUCUAUCCUCGAUCACCAUAUGCUGCUGCUAAAUUAUACGCUUAUUGGAUAACAAUCAAUUACCGUGAAGCCUACAAUAUGUUUGCAGUCAAUGGUAUUCUCUUCAAUCAUGAGUCACCACGACGAGGUGACAAUUUCGUCACACGCAAAAUUACACGAUCUGUGGCCAAAAUACAUCUUCAACAACAAGAAGUUCUCGAACUCGGUGCCUUGGACUCGAAACGUGAUUGGGGACAUGCUCGAGAUUAUAUUGAAGCCAUGUGGUUAAUGCUACAACAUGACACACCGGAAGAUUUCGUCAUCGCUACCGGGGAAACACACAGCGUUCGUGAAUUCGUCGAAGCGGCAUUUCAGGAAAUUGGCAAACGAAUUAUAUGGGAAGGUGAAGGCAUCAACGAAGUUGGAAAAGAAAAAGAUACGGGUGUCGUUCGUAUUAAAAUUAAUCCAAAAUAUUUUCGCCCAACAGAAGUCGAUCUUUUAAUUGGUAAUCCAAAGAAAGCGGAAGAAAAACUUCACUGGAAACCAAAGAUUACUUUUCGAGAAUUGGUUAAAGAGAUGGUUGCGGCUGAUAUUGCAUUAAUGAAAAAAGAUCCAACCGCUUAA